AUGCUCAAAGCUGACCCCAUAGUAUCUGCACAACUGUUGCAUCAAUUAUUCUACAAUAUCUGGGACGCCGUGACUCUUCCGGCCAACUGGAUGCAAGGCGUCCUAGUGAAGGUACCCAAAAAGGGUGACCUGACUGUAUGCGAUGAUUGGCGAGGCAUCAUGUUACUGUCUAUCGUUCGUCAAAGUUCUCUGCAAAGUGAUCUUGAACCGGAGAAGAUUGACGCAAAUCUCCGACGGCAGCAGGCCGGAUUCCGUACCGGACGAUCCUGUGCGGACCAUAUUGUCACGCUCCGUAUCAUCCUGAAGCAAGUCAAUGAACUCCAACAUCCCCUCUACUUAGUGUUCAUCGACUAUGAAAAAGCUUUCGACCGUCUCAAAUCACGAAAAUAUGUGGGGAGCCCUGACCUAAUUGAAGCACAGUACGAGGCAUUUUCGUGCAGAAUAUUGCACGAUGGUGUCUUGUCUGACCCCAUCCGGGUCGUGGCUGGAGUUAGGCAAGGAUGUAUUCUAUCACAGCUACUGUUCCUCGCCGUGAUCGAUGAGGUCCUGAUAGGAGCGAUUGACCGUGAACCAAAUCGUGGGUUACUGUGGCAACCUAUUACUAUGGAUCAUCUGAAUGACUUCGAAUUGGCUGAUGGCGUUGCUCUCCUAGCACAACGGCGCUCUGAAAUGCAGAGUAAGCUUGAUGAUCGUGCCAAUCCCUCAUCAGCGGCAGGUCUCAAAAUCAACGUCAACAAGACCAAAUCGUUGGAUAUAAACACGGCCAACGCUUCCAGCUUUACGGUAGCUGGGCAAGCAGUGGAGAAUGUCGAAAGCUUCCAAUAUCUUGGUAGUCAAAUGUGCACCAAGAUCGACAUAGGAGCACGGAUCAAGAAGGCGAGGGCUGCCUUCUGUGAGUUUAAGAAAUAUGUGGAAAAAACAAUCAGAUUAAUCGACGCGCCAAAACCCGAAUAUUCAACUCAAACGUGA